AUGGAAAUGUUAAAAAGGCUUGCUCUCUCAUCGAGAACACGCCUCCACACCAUCGAGAACACGCCUCCACACCAUUCAAUGUUCUCUCAUACAGUACGCAAGAAGACAUACACGUUCGCAAUCAGUGAUUCAUUUGUGUAUUUCACGAUUCUAGACGAAAGUAUGGAGAAAACCAAAUCAUUCUGGGUAUUGAAUCGGUUGAGAUCAGCUAUCGAAGAUCUGAUCAGAGUUGGUGGAUCGGAUGCGGAAACUUUGAUUAAUCCUUCCCCGAAUUGUCCCCAAUCGAAGCUCGAUCCAGUUUUCACGGAGAUUGUUGGUGUUGUUGAUUUGGAAUUGGACAUGGAUUUGGUGGGUACUCCAAAGAGCGUAGCGAGAGAGAGUCGGAAUCCGAGCAUCGAUUCGUCGAAAGGAAGAAGAGCUGCGUUGAUGCCACUUUUACGGAAGCCAUUGAAAGCGUUGAAGAAGAAGAAGAGAUUGCAUAUGGAAGCCAAAGGGGAAGAUUAA